UGUGUGCAUACAUAGAUUUAUUCACAAAAAUUAACUAGCAUAUAAAAAUUGACGGCGCAUGAAUAAAACUAGAAUAAUUCACAAAAUUGACUCAUGUUUACUAUUGUACUUGUUGGCGGCAUCUCUCUUUGCAUGAGAGGUACAGGUUGAAAAUGGUUUUAUCCAGUUCCAUGAUUCUCUCUAAUUCUCCAAUCGCAUCUCCUUCUCUACCAACUUCAACGGUUACCAAGUUGGAAACUUUUUUGCUGAAAAAUGAUGGGGUUACCAGAAUUAGAGGAGUGACUGCUUCUUCCGUGGUACCCAGAAACCGAAAAAUAGCAACAUGUUCUGUAUCGAGAGAUAGCAACGCCUCUGUUGAGACUGAUUUCCCUGCUGAUUACUCGGAGCUUCUGGAACAAGCUAGAGUAGCUGUGGAAUUGGCUAUGAAGGAUGACAGACAGCUAAUGGAGAUUGAGUUUCCCACGGCUGGACUCGGGUCUGUACCAGGUGAUGGGGAAGGUGGAAUAGAAAUGACUGAGAGCAUGCAAUUGAUUCGUGAAUUUUGUGACCGCUUCAUUAGUUCAGAGAAAACCACACGAACUAGAAUAUUUUUUCCAGAGGCUAACGAAGUUGACUUUGCCAGAAAAUCAGCCUUUAGUGGAUCUUCUUUUAAGUUGGACUAUUUGACAAAGCCUUCAUUUUUUCAAGAUUUUGGUUUUGUUGAGAAAGUAAAAAUGUCAGACAGAGUGAAGACUGGAGAUGAACUUUUCUUGGUAGCCUACCCAUAUUUUAAUGUCAAUGAAAUGCUUGUUGUGGAAGAACUUUAUAAAGAGGCAGUCUUGAACACUGAACGAAAACUGAUUAUUUUCAAUGGAGAACUCGAUCGUAUAAGAUCUGGAUAUUAUCCACCAUUCUUUUACCCAAGGCUUGCUGCACUUACAAAGACCUUCCUACCUAUGAUGGAAACUGUGUACUAUAUUCAUAAUUUCAAGGGCCGCAAUGGAGGAACACUUUUUAGGUGCUAUCCAGGACCCUGGAAGGUCCUCAGAAGAGUGGGGAAUAGUCGAUACUUUUGCAUACAUCAGCAGAAAAGUAUGCCAUCCCUCAAGGAAGUUGCCCUUGAGAUUCUUCCAUCAGCUUGAUAUUUCAGGAAUGGAAAGCUGUAAGCAAUUCUAGUUUCCUACGUACCAUAACAUAGUGAAUCAACAAUGGUGUCUUUUUCAGAGCCACGAUAUUAUUUUGAUGUAUAUGUCUUAUGCACAACAAUAACAUUUCUUAAUCGUUACCCGAAAGAAAAAUCUUGAAUAUAUGAACAUACCAUCUACUAAUAUCAAUCAACAAGUCAUCUUCAAGA